CAUCACACAAUCUUCACUCGCAGGUCACAGCACCACAGCGAUCACCAACCGAGCACUCUAGCUAAUCAUCAGGUCGUGCAAAAGCCCCCGAGAAGAAGAAGAGGAGAAGGACAUGGCGGCCGCAGUGAAGGCGUCGUGGAUGGUGGCGAUGAGCGUGGGCGCGAUGGAGGCGCUCAAGGACCAGGCGGGUCUCUGCCGCUGGAACUACGCGCUGCGCUCCAUCCACCGGGCCGCCAAGGCCAACGCCCCCAGCUUCGCGCAGGCCAAUAAGAAGUUGGCGGCGGCGUCGGAGAGGAGGCGAGCCGACAAGGCAGAGGAGGGGAUGAGGACCGUCAUGUACCUCAGCUGCUGGGGACCUAAUUAAUCGUCAUGGGUCUUGUUUCUUCAGAUUUUGAGCAACCGAGCUUGGCUUGAGACCUGGCUGGUUGCUCCUCUGCCCUGAUUGUCAAUAUGUGACGAUGAAUCGAUGAUGAUGAAAAGUUCUUCCACUUUAAUUCGGCUGUGUACGAGUGAUUCUGCUACUACACUAUCAUGCGAAUCUUGAACCUUCAAUUUCGUGAC